ACCCAUAAUGCAAUAAAAACAAAAUGGCUGCUGCUCUGACAUCUCGAUACUUUUCGUUUCUCUGAGAUUGUUCUCUUCCUACAAAACUCUAGAAAAUAAUGUGGCGAGUGCUGAGAGGUAUUGUUCCUCGUCCAUCAACUCUUGGAUUUUCUCUUCGAAAUUUCAGGUCUGGGGAAAGAUUGUUAUGUGCCAACCCAGAAGCAGAGCAACCACCAAAAACAAGUUCUGUUCUUGAAACAGCAGGGCAACUUAAAGCAGGGGAUAACCUCCAUGGCUACACUGUAACAAAGGUUGUUCCAAUACAAGAGCUAUCUCUAGUUUCUGUUGAACUUAUCCAUGAUGCAACUGGGGCUCAACACCUGCAUAUUGCGCGAGAUGACUCUAACAAUGUAUUUGGGGUUGGCCUACGGACCACACCCCUGGACAGCACAGGGGUACCACACAUCCUUGAACAUACUGCACUGUGUGGAUCUGAAAAGUUCCCUUGCCGAGACCCAUUCUUCAAGAUGUUAAACAGAUCUCUAGCAACUUUUAUGAAUGCAUUCACAGCUAGUGAUUUUACCAUGUAUCCCUUCUCAACUCAAAACUCAAAAGACUACUUCAACCUUCUGUCCAUCUACUUGGAUGCUGUUUUCUUUCCCAGGCUAAGAGAACUGGAUUUUUGGCAAGAGGGAUGGCGAAUGGAAAAUGAAGAUUUGUCUGCAUCCUCUUCCGCCCUUACAUUUAAGGGAGUCGUGUUUAAUGAGAUGAAGGGGGCGUUGUCCACACCAGAGUCUGUGUUUGUGACACAAGCCCAGAAACUACUCCUCCCGAGCCACACAUACAGCCACAUCAGUGGUGGAGACCCCCUACAUAUCCCUGAUCUCACGUGGGAACAGCUAAAGAAAUUCCAUGCAACACAUUACCACCCAAGUAAUGCAAGGUUUUACACCUAUGGAGACAUACCCUUGGAGGAGCACCUACAACACAUCAGUAGUUUAGCAUUGCAGCGCUUUGACAAACUGCAGACUGAAACAGAGAUCCCACAUGAAGAGAGAUGGUCAGAAGCACGAGAAGCCCAUGUCACCUGCCCUAUAGACCCCAUGGCCGCCGACCCUGAUAAACAGACCACUGUGAGCAGAAGCUAUCUGGUAGCAAGCACUACAGACCCAUUUGAGUCAUUCAUCUUAGGGAUUCUCUCCUCUCUACUCAUUGGUGGACCGACUUCACCUUUCUAUCAAGCACUCAUUGAACCUAACAUUGGGUCUGACUUCUCCCCUGGAGUAGGUUAUGAUAAUGGCACAAAGGAUGCCUCCUUUUCGAUCGGCCUCCAGGGAAUUAAGAAAGAAGAUGUGGAGAAAGUGAAAGAAAUAAUUAAAACCACCUUUGACAAAGUUGUGGAGGAAGGGUUUCCAAAAGAACGUAUCGCGAGCAUCUUGCAUAGAGUGGAACUAUCGGUGAAACAUCAGAGCAGCAACUUUGGUCUUGGACUUAUGAUGAGUCUGAUGCAUCCGUGGACACACGGUGGGGACCCCACUGAGUAUCUACAAAUCAACAAAUACAUGGAAAAGUUCAAGGCCUGUAUGGAGGAAGACGAGAAAUUCUUGGAAAACAAAGUUCGCGAGUACUUCGUGGAUAACACCCACAACUUGACACUUGUCAUGUCUCCUGAUGCUGAAUACGAAGCUAAACUUGCCAAGCUAGAGAAGGCAAAGUUGGAAAAGAUGACGUCAUCUCUGACAGAUGAUGACAAGGAAAACAUUUAUAAAAAAUGUUUAGAGCUUGCGUCACAGCAGAACACGACGGAGGAUUUGUCAUGUUUACCCGUCAUGCACAUCUCAGAUAUCGAUCCAAAGAUAAAACGUGUCGUCCUAGAUGAGUGUAUUGUGGCGGGUGUACCCGCCCAGUUCAGUGAGCAGCCCACAAAUAGUGUGACCUAUUUCCGCGCCAUCUCCAGCACUACUGAUAUCCCGGAUGAGCUUCACCCCUACCUACCUCUUUUCUGCUACGUCAUCACCAAGAUGGGUGCUGGUAACUUGGACUAUAAAGAGAUGGCUCAGCUGAUAGAGAGGCGCACCGGGGGACUGUCUGUGGGGACCCAUAUCUGUACAAACCACACGGACCCCAUGAAAUAUGAACAGGGUGUGAUGUUUUCGUCUCAUUGCUUGGAUAAAAACUUGCCUCACAUGUUUUACCUGUGGGGAGAGAUUUUUGGAAGCCCGCGGUUCAAAGACCAGGAGCGGCUGCGUACCCUGAUCAAUAUGCUCGCGUCCGAUCUUGCCUCGUCAAUCGCGCAGUCCGGACACUCGUACGCGGUCAGUCUAGCGUCGAGCUCGCUCACGCCUGCCGCACGUCUGGACGAGGUCUUAGGGGGGCUCUCACAGGUUGUGUUCAUGAAGCAGCUGGUAGAUGCUGAAGACCUUUCCCCCGUCAUCGAGAAACUCACCACCAUUGCUGUACACGUCUUAGAGGGCACGCAGUUCAGGUGUGCUGUGAAUACGAUGCCUGAGACGCGAUCCUCCACCCAGACCGCGCUCGAGGGAUUCUGUGACGCGCUACCCAGCAGCCGCUCGGAUACUUCGGGACAAGUCCAGGAUAAGGAGUUCACGCCAGAGUCUCGCAGGACGCACUUCAUGUUGCCGUACCCUGUCAACUAUGCCAGCAGAUGCGUGAAUGCCGUCACGUACAACCACGAGGACUAUGCCAAAUUGCGGAUCCUAGCCAAACUGUUAUCAUCCAAGUUUCUUCAUCGAGAAAUAAGAGAGAAAGGCGGAGCCUACGGCAGCGGAGCGAAGCUCGGCGGAGGAGUCUUUUCUUUCUUCUCGUACAGGGAUCCCAACAGUGUGGGCACCCUAGAUGCGUUUAAUGAUUCCAUCUCGUGGGCAUCACAGGGCAACUUUACAGACCAGGAUAUAAACGAAGCCAAGCUCGCCGUAUUCGCCGCAGUCGACAGCCCUGUGUCGCCUAGCAACAGGGGGAUGCUUUACUUCACUCAAGGUAUCACGGACGCCAUGCGACAGGCACAGCGUGACAGACUGUUCGCUGUGUCACGCGACGAUAUUGUAAAUGUCACGCGCAAGUACCUCUCAUCUAGUGAAGCUACGAAUUCGUACGCGCUUGUUGGACCAGAAAAUGACGUCAUCGACAAAGAUGACUCGUGGACAGUACGGAAGGAGUCGCUUUAGUUGCUAUGGUAACACAUUUAGUGUUUGGGCUACCUGUGUAUAAAGAGCGAUGUCUCCGAUUGCCAUCAUAUGUAAACAGUAAGCGGUAUUUUGAUGACGAUCUUAUUUGGACGUCGACGACGACGGAGGCUAUCCGAUGAUAUUUCGAGCGCAACGUGCGGAAAACCUGUCGUCGAACAAUCACUAAACAUUGACCACUCUAAGAGGCAUAUAGUUUUACUAAUAAAUAAGAUUGACAGAGAAAUGAAAAACGGAGAGACGGAGAGUUUACAUCAACGGUCUAUCCUGUUUCCUUUUUUAACAAUUAUAGCAAAAAAGUGAUAAUAAGAAUCAGAAAAAUAACUAAAAUCGGUUUCAGGGGUAAAUUAGGGAUGUUUUCAAACAUAUGUUAUUUUUCCAACGAGUACCAUAUUUAAUUGUCAGAAAUAAAACCUGUCGAAACCGCA